AUGCCUUCUAGCUUCUCGGAAGUGAUUUCGUCCGGACUUCCAAGGAUCACCGGCAAGUUCCCAGGAUACUUGUCGCCAUCCAUGGACUUGAAGUUCGCAGACAUCCCGAACGGCCUCGCAGCCAUCGGAAAGGUGCCCGUGGCGGGCUGGGCGCAGAUCUUGGCGUACAUGGCCUUCUGCGAGAUCUCCCAGAAGCAGAUCCCGGGCACUCCUGCCUAUGAUGGCGACUUCGGCUGGAAGGUGAUCACCUCCGAUGACCCGGAGAUCAAGAAGAAGAAGUUGAACUCCGAGAUUGCCAACGGCCGCCUGGCCAUGAUGGGCAUUAUUGGCCUCUUCUUCCAGGACGGACUCACCGGCUCCCCUUGGGGCUACUGGGCCGGCAACCCUAGCUCCUUCUGGAAGGCUCGCGGCCAUUCCCUGUGCUUCGGUGAGGCCUUCGAGAGCGAGCUCGGCGUGCAGGCACCGGUGGGUUUCUGGGAUCCCGCCGGCCUGAGUUCCGAUGGCAGCGUUGAGAACUUCAAGCGCCGACGCGCCACGGAGCUCAAGCACGGUCGCAUUGCGAUGCUGGCCACGAUGGGUUACAUUACGCCGGAGAUCACCGGCAAGUUUCCGGGCUACUUGAGCCCAUCAGCCGGCUUGAAGUUUGCCGAUGUGCCCAACGGCCUUGCAGCGAUUUCGAAGGUUCCACAGGCUGGUUGGGGCCAGAUCUUGCUCUACAUGGCCUACUGCGAGGCCUCCCAGACCCAAGAGCCCGGGACGGCAGCUUACGCCGGCGACUUCGGGUGGAAAGUGCUGACCUCCAGCGAUCCGGCAGAAAAGACGAAGAAGCUGAAUGCCGAGCUUGCGAACGGAAGACUGGCCAUGAUGGCCAUCAUUGGCAUGUUCUUCCAGGAUGGACUCACAGGAUCCGCCUGGGGUGAUGGUCUCACCGGGAGCGCCUGGGGUGACUGGGCCAACUACACCGCAUCCCCUCUGCGUGCGUUCGAGAACGAGCUCGGAGUGCAGCCUCCCCUGGGAUUUUGGGAUCCUCUUGGCUUCACAGCCGACGGCGACGUCAACUUCUUCGAGCGCCGCCGCCAGUCCGAGAUCAAGCACGGAAGAAUCGCCAUGCUCGCAACAAUGGGAUACAUCACUCCAGAGAUCACUGGCAAGUUCCCGGGAUAUUUGUCGCCAUCUGCUGGCUUGAAAUUUGCCGACAUCCCGAACGGCCUUGCGGCUGUCUCAAAGAUCCCUGGCUGGGGGAUCGCACAGAUCCUUGCCUACAUGGCCUUCUGCGAGGUUUCCCAGGACCAGUCUCGCGGCACCCCAGCCGCAGCGGGCGACUUCGGCUUCAAGGUCUUGACGUCUAGCGACCCGGCCGCCAGGACCAAAAAGCUCCAGUCCGAGCUGGCCAACGGAAGGCUUGCGAUGAUGGCCAUCAUCGGCAUGUUCUUUCAG